CAUCUGCAGGAAGAUGACACCCAAACCUUCACACCGUACAUAUGGAUUGAGGCUACAUGGGCCAAUAAGCUGCUCUCCUGGCAGCCAGACCAGUUCUGUGGGAUCGAGGAGGUGUCUGUUCCUCGGGAGUUGCUAUGGAAACCGGAUCUGUUUCUUUACGAGACGACGGAGCGUUCCCAGGACAUCACAGGAAGUCCCUACAUCAUGCUGAAGCACGACGGCACGGUUGUCCUUGACGGCACUCGGAAGGUCGUCUCCACCUGUGCUAUGGACGCAUAUAAGUUCCCCUUCGACAGCCAGAACUGCACCUUCACAUUCAUCUCGGCCAUUCACUCAGACAAGGAGCUGUGCCUGGUUCCCUCGUCCAACUCGUCUAUGGUGACCUUGAAGAGCCGCAACAUGUCCAGCACAGACGAAUGGGAGUUCAUCAAUGCUACUGUGGAAGCCAAGACCCUCAGCUACCAGGAAGGGAUGUGGAGUGCAAUUGUGUAUACGAUCAGCAUCCGCAGGGUGUCCCUGCUGCAUGUGCUGACCUUCAUCUUGCCCAUCCUCUUCCUCCUAAUUCUGGACGUCGCCUCCUUCUUCAUGUCGGACACACGCGGGGAGAAGAUGGGAUUCAAGGUCACGGUGCUGCUGGCCAUGUCAGUCCUGCUGCUCAUCCUCAACGACACACUACCCAGCAAACCCAGGAGGACACCCCUCAUAGCUGUGUAUGUCAUCAUAUCGUUUGGCUUCAUGCUGCUGAGUCUGCUGGAGAGUAUCCUGGUGGGCUACCUGAUAGACAGCGGAGAGACCCAAGGCUGUGAUACCUCCCGGUGGUGCAAUAUGGAGAAGGGUGUCGACCCACAGCAGGGUGACACAGGAGAUGGAAACAGGAAGUCUGUGGACGAGGUCAUUUGUGUGGCCAAUGGAGAAUGUCAGCAGGAGGCCACACCCAUGACAGAGAACACCGAGAAGUAUGAGAGGGGCGACCCUGUACCCCUCCAGAGGGAUGAGGGGGGCGACUAUGUACCUCUCCAGCGGGAUGAGGGGGGCGACCCUGUACCUCUCCUCCUGCGCCUCAUCCUCCAGGAGCUCCAGAGGGAUGCACAGCAGAACCAACCCCCCAUCCAGAACCGGAACUCUGUGGUGCGCUACAUCAACACCACUUUCUUCAUACUCUACCUGCUCUCCAUCUCCAUCUUCCUCCCCACCCUCUUCCUCACCUGGAUGGCUUAAACAGGCAGGGGAGAUUAAAGGUGCAGUGUGUAAGUUGUAGUUUACUUCCAGAGUUCAUGCUGCCCAUUCACAAAUGUUACAUCUUCUGUGAAUGCUUAGGUAUCUGUUGCGCUUAGUGCUUGGAAAUUGAAUGUUGGUCGCAAAAUCAGCUGGUUGCGAUGUCCAAUUAAAUAUUAUUACAAUUAAAUAGGCCUAUAGAA